AUGUCUUUCACCUUGAGCUACCAGCAGAUGAGGCUGGUCAAGGCUACGAUCCCAACACUGAGGGAGAAGGGAGAGACCAUCACGUCAAUCUUUUAUAAGGAAAUGCUAAAAAACCACCCCGAGCUCAACAACUACUUCAACUCAGUAAAUCAGGCCAACCAUAGACAACCCCGAGCCCUAACAUCAAUCAUUCUUGCGUUUGCGAGCGCCAUCAACUACGACAUGAGUGAACUGAUUCCCAAACUUGAGCGCAUGUGCAACAAGCACUGCUCCCUCGGUAUCAAACCAGAGCAUUACGAGGUCGUGGCCGUGUAUCUCAUUCGGGCAUUCAAGGUGGUCCUCGGGCCAGCAAUGACCCCCGACACAGAGGUGGCAUGGAACAAAGCAUAUUGGAUCCUGGCCAAGAUGCUGAUCGGGCGGGAGAAGCAGAUAUACACAGCCUUCGGGAGCUGGAAAGGAUGGAAACCAUUCAGGAUUGAGCGCAAGGAGUCCGAGACCGACGACAUCAUCUCGUUCUACCUCACACCCCAGGACAAGAAACCCCCUGCCCGGCUUCCUCCCUGGGCAAUACAUAUCUGUGCAAACGAGCCCACCACCGACGCACCGCACGAGAACUACUACCGCAUCACCGUCAAGAAGGAGUCCGGCCAUUCGGACUAUCCCGCAGGCGUCAUGACCAGCUUCCUCGUUGACUCCCUCAGCCCUGGUGACUUUGUGGACGUCACACACCCUGCGGGAGAGUUCUUCCUCGAUACCAACAACUAUUCCAGCGUCCCCAUAGUGCUGAUCAGCGCGGGUGUAGGUGUGGCACCGAUGGUGAGCAUGCUAAACACCGUGAUGGACCUGCAGCCGAUGCGCGAGGUCAGCUGGGUUCACGGGGCGCGGCGUAUGAUCCCGUUCUACAACCACAUCAGGGCCGCAAAGAAGAAGAUGCCGAACCUGAGGACCAACAUCUUCAAGACGCACCUGGCCGAGCAGGACCUGGCCGGCGUGACAUACGACUACGACUACCGCGUCGACCUCGCAAAGGUCGGUCGCGAAGACUUGUUCCUGCACCACGGGGGCACCGAGUACUUCAUAUGUGGGCCUGAGCAGUUCAUGAUCGAGAUGGCAGACUACCUCAAGAUGCAAGGGGUCGGCAUACAACGGGUCAAGUUCGAGCUAUUCAGCACUGGCGAUAUGGUUGAGAUCAAGUGA